UUAAUGUCUAAAUACGACAGAGCUGUAACGGUAUUUUCACCAGAUGGUCAUUUAAUGCAAGUUCAGUACGCUCAAGAGGCAGUAAGAAAGGGGUCACCAGUGAUAGGGAUCCGUGGCGCAGAGGUUGUAGUACUAGCUACCGAGAAGAGAGCAGUAGAGAAGUUGCAAGAUGAUAGAACAGAGAAGAAGAUAGUACCUUUAGAUGAACACGUUGUUCUCGCGUUUGCUGGAUUAAGAGCUGACGCUAGAGUUCUCAUUUCAAGGGCACAAAUAGAAUGUCAAUCACAUCGUCUUAUAGUAGAAGACGCAGUCAAACUGGAAUACAUUACUCGCUUCAUAGCGGAACAGAAACAGAAGUACACACAGAGCAAUGGACGACGACCUUACGGGAUUUCAUGUCUGAUUGCUGGAUUUGAUUACGACGGAGAUGGGCAUUUGUUCCAAACCGAACCUUCGGGAACAUUUUAUGAAUGGAAGGCGUGUUCUAUAGGACGUGGAGAGAAAACCGCUCAGGAAUUCCUCGAGAAACACUACAAUGAUACAGCCGUUAGCACUGAAAAGGGAACAAUAAAAUUGGCUAUUAUGUGCCUACUAGAAGUUGUAUAUCAUGGUCAAAAGAACUUAGACGUAAUGGUUCUAAAGAAAGGUGACUCGGUGAAAUUUUUAAAUCAAGACGAGAUUAACGCAGUUAUCUCAGAAAUAGAAGUUGAAAAGGAGAAAGAAAAAAAUAAACAGACCUGA